UUUUUCUGUGUUAUCACAAAUCAUAACAUUUUUGUUCCAUUGGCAGUGUGAGACAUGAGCAAAGAAGAAUUUCUGAAGAUACAGAAAUGCGUUCUUAAAGUGAACAUACAUUGUGAUGGGUGCAAGCACAAAGUGAAGAAAAUCUUGAAGAAAAUUGAUGGUGUGUUUAUCAUAGAGAUAGAUGCAGAGCAAGGGAAGGUGACAGUUUUAGGGAAUGUGGACUUCAACGUUCUCAUCAAGAAGCUUGCAAAAUCUGGGAAACAUGCAGAGUUAUGGUAUGCACCAAAUCCCAAUAACAACAACAAUGACCAAGACUACCUUGCAAACCAACUCAAGAACAUGCAGAUCGACAAUCCCAAAGGUGAAGAAGACCAACACAACCAAGGUCAAAAUCCAAAGGGUGGAAAUAACAAACCCAAAGGUGGUGGUGGUGAUAAUGAUGGUGGUGGCAGUGGUGAUGGUGGUCAACAAGGACCAAAUCCCCAACAACAACUUCAACUGCAGCUCCAACAACAACAUAAGCUUCAACAACAGCUACAACAAAUCCAACAAGUGAAAGGGUUUCAAGAUCUGAACCUUUCUCAAUUCAAGGUUCCACCUCACAACCUCAACUCUAACCCGAACCCCAACCUAAACACCAAAGCCGUUAGAUUUGAUAUCCCUGAAGAGGAUGGCGAAUUCACUGAUAAUGAAUCGGGUGAUGAUGAGUUUGAUGACGAUGAAAUGCUGGAACUUCCUCUGAGUGAAAUAAAACCCUCCUUGAUGAUGAAUGCUCCCAAGGGUGACAAUAAUGGUGGUUGCGGCAAUAAGGGUAAGGAAGGUGUUGGACUUGUUCCUAUUCAAGUGCAUGGUUUCCCUGAUGGUAACAGUAAUGGAGGAGGAAAUAAUCAAAAACAAGGUGGAAGUAACAAUGGUGGAGAAAGUGAAAUUGGCACUGUGAAGGGUAUAAGCAAGAAUAAUGUUAUGAAUGGAAGGAAUAGCAGUAACAACAAUGAAGGUAUGAAAAAUGGAAAUAACCCAAUGGGAGGAGCUGGUGCUCAAACUGUGAACAUGGGUGGUGCCCCCAGUGGGCCUAAUGUGGGGCCCAUGCUUAACAUGAGCAUGCCUAACAUCCCCUCCGUUCAGGGCCUCUCGGCCACCCCCAUCAACAGCGGUGGCAACUUCAAAGGUGUUGGUCCCAAUGCGAUGCUAGGAAACCCUUUCCAACAACAACAACAGUACAUGGCUUCCAUGAACAUGAUGAACCAACAUGCAAUGGGAAACAAUAGGUUCCAGCCAAUGAUGUAUACAAGGGGCCCUCCUGCCGUUAAUUAUAUGUACCCUCAUUAUCCUUACCCUUACCCUUACCCUCACCCUCCUCCAGACCCUUACACCCACCUUUUCAAUGAUGAGAACACCUCAAGUUGCAAUGUUAUGUGAGUGAUGCUGAUGGUGCUGUUGUUGCUGCUUCGCUUCUCAGUUCGUCCUGUUAUACCAAUGCAAACGAGUUUUUAUUUCUAGUAUAUUUUAUAUUUUUCUUCCAUCCCUUUUGUUUCUCUCAGUUAAAUUAGGGGUUUAGUU